GCUUUUAAGGGGGUGGGACGUGAAGAAAAAAAUCGCCUCACAGAGUCGCGAGCGAAAGAAAUAGUCGGACUGGACGCGUCAGGAGAGAGAGAGAGACAACUUGAAGUCGUCGUCGUCGUCAACAUCGUCGUCGUUGUGCCUCGCGCAGAUAACGCAGCUCGCCGCGCCCACGAGAGAAGUUGCGCCGGGCCGCGUGUUGCGACGAGUGGGCAGGGCGCUCCGGACGGCGCCAUGCUGGACGUGACGGUCAAGACGCUCGACUCACAGACGCGGGCCUUUUCCGUGCCCGAGGAGAUCACAGUGAAGGAGUUCAAGGAGAGGAUCGCGACGUCUGUGGCCAUUGCCAGCGACAAACAGAGGCUCAUCUACCAAGGCAGAGUGCUGCAGGAUGACAAGAAGCUGAAGGAGUAUGACGUCCACGGCAAGGUGAUCCACCUGGUGGAGCGGGCACCUCCGCCCUCCCGCCCUCCGGCCGAGGGGCCCGGCGGGGCGCAGUCCUCGGCGUCUGCUGCCGGCGCUGGCGGCCCCCAGCGUGGCGGCGGUGGGGGGGGGUCAGGGGGGGGCCCGGGGGGUGCGGGAGGGGGCGGCGGGGGAGGAGGAGCGGGGCCUCACCCCGAUCGCAACGGGAGCGGUGGCUACAUGAUGAUGGGCACCUUCAACGUGCCCUCCAACAUAGGCGACCCGCGCGGCUCGGCCCUCAAGAAGUUCCUGUGCCAGGACUGCGGCAAGGGCUUCCGGCAGGCGACGGACCUGGUGCGCCACCGCAGCCUGCACACGGGCGAGCGCAACGCGCUGUGCGGCGUCUGCGGCAAGGGCUUCGCGCUGGCCAGCGACCUGGCGCGCCACGGGCGCACGCACGACCCCGCCGGCGAGCGCUUCCCCUGCUCCGAGUGCGGCAAACUCUUCGGCUGCCGCCGCUCGGCGCUGCUCCACGAGUCGGCGCACUCGCGGCCGCCGCCGCAGCGGAGAGGCCUCAGCUCGGGCGUGGACGCCGUGGUGGGUCGGGGCCUACAGGAGGAGGAGGAUGAGGGCAGGCGACGGCUCCCCCGUCGCCGCAGCCAACUCGGCCUGCAGCUUGCCUAG